AUGGCAUCGACGAGCACAAGCACAAGCACAAGCCCCGCGGCCCUGGCGACCCCUUCCUCUUCCCCUUCCAUGCAAUCCCUCGACGCCCAGGUCCUCAAUAGCACAAACUACUACCGGAGAAAUUUCCUCGCCUCGCCUCUCACGUGGAACGACACCCUGGCUAGCUACGCCACGAAGUGGGCCAAAGGGUGUAUAUGGAAACAUUCGGGCGGGCCCUACGGGGAGAAUCUGUUAGACUCGCUCCCCCCUCCCUCCCUCCCUCAAAACAUCACACACACACACUACCUUACCCGCUCUAUCUCUCUCUCUCUCUAACUCCUCCCAUUCUCAGCGCCGAAGGUUUCCCCUCCACGACCCUCGCCGUCGACGCCUGGGCCAACGAGGAAGCCAUCUACAACUACGCGAAGCAGAAAUUCUCCGAAACCACGGGGCAUUUCACGCAGCUAGUCUGGCAGGAAACGACGUCCGUCGGCUGCGGCCUCAUCCAGUGCGAUAACUCAGGCGCGCAGGGGGGCAUCAAGGGUGCGUAUCUCGUCUGCGAGUAUAGUCCGCGCGGCAACAUCGUGGGCGAGUAUGUGGGGAACGUGAAGAAGCCGGGGAUGGGAGCGCACGGGGAGUUGGGGUUUGGGUCGGGGGCUGCGGGGGCGGGGAGGAAGGGGGGAGUGAAGAGUUCGAUGGCCGCGCUGGUCGUGGCUUGGUUGUUUGUCGUGGGGGUUUAUUAG